UCUUUUGCAGCAAAGUUUCAAGACCUGACCACAAGAGAGUCUGCUGAGUCAAACGCUUCUCUUCAAGACCCACUGAUGACAUCUGAAGGUAGGUUUUCAUUCGCGCUUACGGCAAACGGCAAAUGUGAGUUUGUACCACGUGACCAAGUGUGCCAUUUACUUAUCGUUUACUGUUCAUUAUAAGUUUAACUACACGGAAAUCGGUAGAUUUACGGCAAUUCCGAUCCAUAACAAUUGGUGUAAGGUGUUUUUAUCCGCUUAUUUCUCGUUUUGAAAAUUUCUCAACUUGAAUCUCACGUUUGCCGUUCACUGUAAAGGCGAUCCUUAUAUUAAUCCCUCUAAUAUUAAUUAUAACUGAUUUAGAGUGAAAUUUUAUUUGUUACAAGAAAUGAUAGAAUAGUUUAAUAGCCUUACAUACAGUUAUCCAAGAAAGUCAUCAGAUCACAUAAGUUUUUUAGAAUUAAACACAUUCUUGCCUGCGAUUUUCGUUACUAAUAGUUCUAGCAGUUUGAAAAUGGUUUAGCAAUCUGUUUGACAAAACGUCGUGAUGCAAAUGUGCGCAUACCAACAGGGGCAAACGAAAAAGCCGAUUUAAAUCAGGAGAAAUUAAAGCACAGUGUUCUUUCGUCAAUUGUUCAAAUUUGCUCAUUUUGUCCAGUGUUCAAAUGAAUUUUUUUGAAGCGCGGAUAAAAUAAUAUGCCUCAUUUCUAUUUUCCUUCAUUAGUCAUUCCAGAGAAACUUGUAGAACUGAUCAGACGAGACUACAAAGGCGCGGUGCUGUGUCCUUUCCCAUGGUGUGAAGAUGAACUACAGCUGAAGCUAUCGAACAUCUUUACAAGACUGAAAAUAGUUAGUAGAAAAAAAAAACGUUCACAACUAACGGAUAACACCGUCAAUAUGACAGACGUGUUCAAACCACACCGAGAAUGCCACAGUCCAAGAGUGGUGCUGAUCGAGGGGAAUCCUGGGAUGGGCAAAACUACGUAUUGUCAAAAGCUGGCAUAUGAUUGGUCCGUGGGGAAAAUUCCACCUGAUGCUUCGUUUCCUGAAGGGAAGAUAUUGUUGCUGUUGAAAUGUCGUGACAUGCACAUGAAAACCGCUAACAUCGAGGAAGCUAUUGAUGAUCAGCUUUUACCACAAGAUGCAAACAAGAAGGAAAAGGAAGACUUGUUCCACUUUAUUCGCUGUAAUCAGUCCAGAAUCUUGUUGGUUCUAGAUGGUUUGGACGAGCUGCGUGACGAUCUGGUGAAGGGUUUUCUACCUUUGAUUCGAGGCAAAGUCUUUGCUAAUGUGUACCUCAUGCUAACUGCUCGGCAUGAAGUUGGAUUGAGAGUGAGGCGAUAUUGUGACGUGCUUUUUGAAAUUGUUGGCUACACAAAAGAUGACGUUGAAAGUUACAUUAAGAAGUAUUUCAGCAGUCAUGAGGAUCAAAGCCUUGCUGACAAACUGUUAAAACAGUUGAAACGCGACAAAUAUCUCGCAGAAUUAACGGCUAACCCCCUUAAUACGGCUUUGUUGUGUCUUCUUUGUGAAGAAACAAGAGGAGUGUUUCCCUCGAGUAGAACUGGGAUUUACGACGACUUGGUGUCUUGCGCCCUCAGGAGAUAUUAUUCAAAGAAUGGUAUGUCUGUCGACUACGAAGAUCCCACUGCGAGAUGCGCAAAUGAAUUAAAUCAGUUGGGGAAAAUGGCAUAUGAGACAUUGAUUAAGAAUCAGUUAUAUUUCAGUGAAGAUGAGAUGAAAUGUCAGUCAGCUGAUUUAUUGCAAUUAUGUUUUCUUUCUCGUGAGGCAAGUGUCAGCAAAAUCAGGCCAAGGCCAUGCUAUGCUUUUACACACAAAACGUUCCAGGAGUAUUUUGCGGCGCUUUACCUCGCCCAUGAGAUAUUAAAUGGCGACAGUGUUAAAGCCGACAAGCUGUUAGAUCAACUCAACCCUUUUGACAACUGGCAUGUGUGGGAAUUUCUCCUGACAAGCAUAGCAAGGAAAAGAAGCGACAUGGCAGUUUCGCUUAUUUCGCCUCUUUCUGCGUCCGUCUACCGCGAGAAAACUAAGAAUUUAAUCAAUACCACUCACGACGCCGACGACAAUUUGGAUAAAGAAAUCUGUGAAAAUAUAGAGUACAAUUUUUGUGCUAUGCCUGCGGAAGACUUAGAAAAUAACCAAGUGAAAGGGGUGAAUGAUGUAGUGACUAAGACACUUCAUCUUAUUGCUGACUGCGAUAACGAUGGACAUGAACUAACAGAUUACCAAAUAGAAAUGAUACAUGAAUUAGCGCGAUGUCUUCCAGAGCAUAAAUUACAGCUGGCACUAAGUUCUCGCUAUCUACCGGUCUACUCUGAAUAUUUGAAGGUAGCAGCCUCACUUAGAAACUUGCUUCUACACAGUGACUUAAACGGUAUACUUCUAGCAACGAUUCAGCAUGCUUUUCAUCCAACACAUUCACUAGUACGCCUAGAGUUGGCAAACACCUUCAAUGCACUUUUCGAUCCAGUCUUUCAGUUGAUAAACCAUUUUUGUAAUUUUACGCUACAUGCCGAAGCUCUCGAAUUAAUUCUAUUUUCGGGUUUUUUCCUAACCCACCUUGAUCUGAGCCGAAUCUGGGUCUCUGACGAAGGAAUCGAAGCACUCAGCGAAGGUCUUAGAAGAAACUGUUCGUUGACCAAUUUGAAACUACGUGAGUGCGGAAUCUGUGAUGCUGAAGCCCAAACACUGGCAAAAGGUCUGGUGACAAAUUGCACUUUGACACACUUGGAUCUAAUGAAGAAUGCCAUCGGUGGUUGUGGUGCAGAAGCUUUAGCGGACGUCCUCCAUUGCAAUUGCACACUAGUGUAUUUAGAUUUGCGUGACAAUCACUUUGGUGACUCAGUUGCGGAGGCAUUUGCUCACGUUCUUCAGUCCAAUUGUGCCCUGGUACAUUUGAAUUUUAAGAAGUGUUUUGAAUGCUUGUUUAAAAAUCAGUGUAUUAAACAUUCAGUCGAUAACCUUUCUAAUGAUGGCCAAGUUGAAAUGAUAGGCCCCUCAGGAGCAUCUGCUCUCGCACGAGCUCUUCGAUUAAAUUGCAGCCUAACUUAUUUGAACCUCGAGUUAAAUUGGAUUGAGGAUUCAGGCGCAGAAGCACUAGGAGAAGCUCUCCAAACGAACUGCACUUUGACCCAUUUGUAUCUUAUGAGCGGUGCGAUUGGUGAUUCUGGAGCAGAAGCCCUCAGCAAGGCAUUGCAAUUAAACUGCACCUUGACGAGUUUAGAUCUUCAUUGCAACAGGAUCGGUGACUUGGGAGCAGAAGCUCUCGCGACGACGCUUCUUUCAAGUGGGACUCAAUUGAGUCAAUUAAAUCUUAGGAACAACAUGAUCUGUUCUUCAGGUGUAAAAGCUAUCGCCAAAGCACUUCAGUCUAACACGUCUCUUACCCGUUUGGCACUGGGCUCGCAGUACCUUCCAGGCGCAUGCGUAGGGAUUGAUUCUUCUGGGGCGAGCUUAAUUGCUGUGGCACUGAAGUCGAACCGUACUUUGACUCAUUUGGAUCUAUCAAGUAGUAAAAUAGGUGAUUCUGGAGCCACAGAAUUGGCCCAUUCUCUUCAGCAUCAUAAUAAUUCUGUGAAAUAUUUAGACCUUAGAGCUAAUCCCAUUGGUCUAUUGGGCAGAGCGAGCCUUGAUUUGGUUGAUCAGUCGAAUCGCGUCCUUAAGUACAAUGAAACGAUAUUCCAGCGUCCUAAAAUUGCACAAAUAGACUUUCCCGCUGACUUUAUUUAA